CGCAUUUUCUCAAAUCCCCACGUUUAUUAGUACUACUCAUUAAUCCGCCGCCGCAAAUCACAUCUCCGCCGGCGAAACCCUAGCGGCGGCGGCGAUGGGGGAGUACGCGGCGGUCAAGACGUCUGUUUGGUGGGACAUCGAGAACUGCGCCGUCCCCCGCAGCUGCGACCCCCAGCUCAUCGUCCAGAACAUGAGCUCCGCCCUCGCCACCGCCGGCUACCGCGGCCCCAUCUCCGUCUCCGCCUACGGGGACACCCACCGAAUGGCCCGCAACGUCCAGCGCGCCCUCUCCAGCACCGGCGUCUCCCUCCACCACGUUCCCGCCGGCAUUAAAGAUGCAAGUGAUAAGAAGAUCUUGGUUGACAUGCUGUUCUGGGCUAUUGACAAUCCUCCACCAGCAAAUUAUCUGCUUAUCUCUGGUGAUCGGGACUUCUCUCAUGCCAUUCAUAAGCUUAAAAUGAGGCGAUACAAUAUUUUAUUGGCACAACCUCCAAACGUGUCUCAAACACUUACUGCUGCAGCAAAGAGUGUCUGGUUCUGGAAAAGCCUUGUGGCUGGAGAACCACCAUUAGAACAGUCACCAUACAUAAGCAGCACAUCUUGUGGCAAUAAGGAUGAUUUGGCUACAUCAAGGAACAUAAUUUCAAGUUCUAUGGAUGUGACUCAAAAUGCCAGCCCUGAAGUGCAGAAUAUUUUGUGUGAUCGUCAAAACGGUUCUAACGGCCUGGCAGAUAAGAAAUGUGAAGUUAAGCGACCUCGAGAAAUGGAGACAGACAAUGUGUCCAAACCAGCAAACAAGAAGCAGCUGAAGAAGAUGAUUUCUCUAGCAAAUACCAGCACUAAGAAAACUGCUUCCAAGAACUCCAGAGGAGAUUUUCAUACCACAGAACAGUCCAAGCAACCAAAGCAAGGGCAAGCAAAAGCAGUCAAGGGGCAGGGCUUGAUCUGCUAUAAGUGUGGUGAUGGGCACCGUGCUGCAGAGUGCACCUUUAGCGGUGACUGCCACGGUUGUGGCCGACAGGGCCACAAGGAUCAAGUUUGCAAAGUGAAUCCUAACAGCAUCGUCAAGUGGCAGCCGGCACAUGCACAGGGCUUAGUCACGCCCUCGCAAGGGUCUGUCUCCGGGCAGGUGACCCCUCAUUUGCCUUCUUCACCUCCAGCUCCCCCCGUUGCGGCUGUGUCGCCACAGACAACUGCUGAAACUCCUUCUGGCCCAGCUCACUCCGAAGUCUACACCAUGCCCAUGGCUAUGAAAGUGGGUAGAGCAGAUGUGGCGCAACCGACUUUGUGCUCCCCUCGUCCUCGAACUUCGACACCACCACCGGGGUGCUUCUCGCAGGAGACUCCUGCCGUGCCAACCCCACCUCCGGCUUCUGCGGCUCCUGUACCGCCACAUACUGGUGUUGGCGAUUUUUCUGCCCCAGCUCAGUCUGGAGUCUCUGUCAUGCCGACAGCUGUGUCAUUGGGUAAAUCAGACGCGGUGACGCAACCGACAUCUUCAGCCCCUCAUCCUCCUAUGGCGGGUCCAGCUCACCGGCCAAUGGCAGGACAAGGACAGUAUCAUCAAGUGGGUGCUUCUUGGCCUUUUCCAGCUUGGACACCACCACCGGGGUUCUUCUUGCAGGCGACAACAGCUGUGUCAUUGGGUAAACCAGACGUGAUGACGCAACGGGCAUCUUCAGCUCCUCAUCCUCCUACGGCAGUUCUAGCUCACCGAUCAGUCACAGGACAGUAUCAUCAAGUGGGUGCUUCUCAGCUGCAACCAGCAUUUUCAGCCCCUCGUCCUCGUAUGGCAGUUCUAGCUCACCAACCAGUCGCAGGACAGUAUCAUCAAGUGGGUGCUUCUCAGCUGCAUCCGACAUCUUCAGCCCCUCAUCCUCCUACAACGGUACUAGCUCACCAAUCAGGUUCAGGACAGCAUCAUCAAGUGGGUGCUUCUCAGCUGCAUCCAGCCUGGCCGUUUCCUCCAGGGUACUUCUGGCAGGCAAUGCAGCUUCUCCUGCACCAGCGCCGCUCGUGACUUCCGUGCCGCCCUGGCGUUGCAGCUUGUCCAGCACCAGCUCAUUCUAGAGUCUACCCCAUGCUCUUCCCUUUGGCAGGCCACGCUGACAAAGUAUACUCCUAUUGGAUUCUUUGUAUGCCCUUCCCUUCAGCCACCCAAGAGGAGGAAGAGAGGAAUGGGGCUAUGAGGGAGGAGAGGGGGAGGAGGUUUUCACUAGCUUUCCAACAGGAGCGUUAGAGGCAAGUUGGGUUGGAGCUGCUACAACUGCACCGUGCACUCUGGUUGAGGCAGAUACAUGCAUAUUGGUAGUCAAUGGAUGUGCGUCACCAUUUAUACCAUUGGAUGUUUGUGCGCCUAGUCCCAACACCUAACCUGCUCUGAUGGAAGAAGCAAGGCGAUGGUAUGGAACUGGCAAUUUGGUUGAAGGGGCGUGGAAGCACUGGUGGCGGCGGGGAUAAAUUUAAGACAAGGGGGGUCACGGCAUGGGAGAAGGGGAGAGAUAAGGGGACAGGUGCAUGAAUCUUGUAGCAAAUUACGGUUCGAUGGAUUGAUUCCAAGAUAUGUUGUUUUCGCAUGAGAGCUGCCAAGUCCAAUUCAUGUGGCGUACGUAUCUGCGUAUGUCAUUGGAUUUUUUUGUACUAAAACAAAAGUCACAUACAAGCUAGAUCUAACAAAUGACAGUUAGGACUUAGGACAGAUGACCUAGGAAUUAUCAGGUUUCUCAGGACAAUGCUUUGACAAGAAGUUACUUUCUUAAUUUAUGAUUUGUACCGGUCGUGAUAUACUGUAAUGUGAGAAGUAGUAUACAAAUGUAGCUCGUGGGCGACUGUUAUUAGCAGUACUGAGCUACUCGUGGGUUUAUUGGCGGCCAUGUUAGGAGUGUUCACACAAAAUCAAAGUAUGUUGCUCGCGGGGUAUAUUUUGGUUAAAAACAGUGUUGUGUUUCAGGAUAUAUGGGGAAGCUUUCAAUAAUAAUCUGUCAUUUUAGAGGAA